UACCCGGGGCUGGCCCCUGUUUGCUCCCCUCCGCCAGCGUCUCCUCCGCAGGGCUGGAGUCCCACGUGUGAGUCACCUCGAGCGGUAUGAAGAGGCUCCGAUGUCCCCUCGAUGCCUGGCCCGGAGCGGACAGGACUGUUCUCCGGAGGCGUCUAGGCCCCGUGAGACUGGAGUGACACUCCCUGGGCGAGGGUUCUUGCAGGAUACGCAGCUGGGCAGGAGGCUCGAGAUAGAGGAUCCGAAGAGCACAGCCUUCUGCCAGCCUGGAGGAGGUGCCAAAGUCCGAUCCCCGAGCAACACACCCUUGCGCAUGUCCGUCAUCUUCGCUCCUGACUGGCUACGCGGCAAGGCCAAGGUCAACCAAGAGACUAUCCAGCGGCUCCUGGAGGAGAAUGACCAGCUGAUCCGCUGUAUCGUGGAGUAUCAGAACAAGGGCCGAGCGAACGAGUGCGUCCAGUAUCAGCAUGUGUUACAUAGAAAUCUCAUUUAUUUAGCUACCAUCGCAGAUGCCAACACAGGCAGUCUCACAAAGGCAGUGGAGUAAUCUUCCAGGAGGCUGUAAUGAGGAGUGACUGAAUGGAACCUAUCUCCGGCGAAACAGAGCUGCUCAGAAUAUGGGCAAAAAGUCCCAUUCAUUUUAGACUGUGAAGAAACUUGCUACUGACUCUACUGUAUUCUACUGUAAAUAUUUUAGUAAUAAAACAGAUCCCACAGAAGAACCGUGAGGACCUGAGAUGUAUGA